UUCCCACCUUACCCACUUCCUUUCUCUAUAUCCUCUUCUUACACCUCAAACGGCUCCAUUGGACAGUCGUCAAUCAUCGAUAACAACCAUGAUGAAACCUUCCAGGAGGAAAGUCCCCCUCUCGAUCGUCGCCGUUAUCGUUUGUGCAUUUGCAUUCUCUGCAGUGUUGUACAUGGAGGAUAUUGGCGCUCUCACCCGCACUUCCAUACUUAAAAUCACACCUUGUUCCACAAUUUCUAAUGAGGUGGAAACAGAGGAGAAAACUGAUUCUGCAGUGGACCAAAUGACUGAGUUUGAUCCGGACAAGUGCGAUGUGACAAAAGGGAGGUGGGUCUUCAACAUUUCAUCUAAGCCGUUCUAUUCGGAUCGGACGUGCCCAUACUUGGACAAACAAGUAUCCUGUAGGAUGAAUGGACGGUCGGAUGGUGAUUAUCGUUACUGGGAAUGGCAGCCGGAUGAAUGCAAUUUGCCAAGGUUUGAUGGUGCAGUGGCCUUAGAGAGGCUGAGAGGAAAGAGGCUAAUGUUUGUGGGAGACUCCCUCCAAAGAGGCCAAUGGCAAUCUUUUGUUUGCCUGGUUGAAUCUCAUAUACCUGAAGGCCAAAAGUCCAUUCGACGUGGUCGGACUCUCACUGUUUUCAAAGCCAAGGAAUAUAAUGCUACGAUCGAAUUCUAUUGGGCACCUUUCCUUGUCGAAUCCAACUCCGAUCUCCAUGUUAUACCAGACCCCAAUGAUAGAAUAUUGAGAGUUGAUUCCAUUCGUAAGCAUGCGAAGAAUUGGAUAGGAGUAGAUAUCCUUGUGUUCAAUACAUAUGUUUGGUGGAUGAGUGGUCUAAAGAUCAAGAGCCUGUGGGGUUCCUUUGCGAACGGAGAGGAUGGAUUCGAGGAGUUGGACGCACCCAUCGCUUAUAGGUUUGGUUUGAAAACAUGGGCCAAUUGGGUUGAUUCGACUGUGAAUCCAAACAAGACCAGAGUCUUCUUCACUACAAUGUCACCUACCCACAUGAGAAGUGCUGAUUGGCACAACAUGAAGGGGAUCCGAUGCUAUAAUGAAACAAGGCCAGUCUUGGAUAAGGGAUACUGGGGAAGUGGUUCUGAUCUCCGGAUGAUGAAGGUCGUGACGGAUAUCGUUAAUAGAAUGAAGGUCCCAGUGUCUUUUGUUAACAUAACACAACUAUCGGAGCACCGGAUAGACGGCCAUACAUCAGUUUACACUGAAUACCAAGGUAACGUCCUAACAGAUGAACAAAAAUCAGACCCGCAGAAAUACGCAGACUGUAUACACUGGUGUUUGCCUGGAGUGCCUGAUACAUGGAAUCAAGUCUUUUAUGCCUACUUGUAAACAAGAAGAGAAUUCAUUGUUAUUCAUGCAUUGAUGAAUUUCAAUUCAAAUAUACAUAGAAUUCCAAUCUUGCA